AUGGCUGAUUAUUCCCUCCCUCCAGCUCCGAAGGUCGACUCGACAGCCUCCAGCAUAACCUCCACCAAGCACAAGGAAGCCGGCGGCACAGACUCCAGUACUUCAAUCCCCGCCUACUCCAGUGCCGACGGCGGCGGCGCCUUCAGCCAUGAAACGUCACUGAAUCGCUUCUACAAGCCGAUCGCGGAGUACGAAGGCGCCCACCGCUACGAUCCGGCAGCGGAAUGGACGGAGGUAGAGGAGAAAAGGAUCGUCAAGAAAAUCGACUAUAGGGUCGCAUCAUGGUGCUGCCUCAUGUUCUUCGCCCUGCAAUUGGAUAGAGGGAAUAUUCAGCAGGCGCUGUCGGAUAACAUGCUGGACGAUCUGGGGCUCACGACGGAUCAGUACAACUGGGGACAGACGGUGUUUUACAUCUCGUUUAUGUUUGCGGAACUCCCGUCACAGCUGAUCAGUAAAAAGCUUGGGCCGGAUCGAUGGAUUCCAAUUCAGAUGGUCUCGUGGAGUAUCGUGGCCAGCUGCCAGGCAAAAAUGAAUGGAUAUGCCUCCUUUGUGGUGUGCAGAUGUCUUCUUGGCUUGAUUGAAGGAGGUUUCAUCGCCGAUGUCAUCCUCUACCUCACCUACUUUUACAAAACCAAAGAGCUACCCUUCCGGCUCUCUCUCUUCUGGACCGCCUACAUGAGCACCCAAAUCGUAUCGGCAUUUCUCGCCUUUGGGAUCCUUCGUCUACGCGGAGUGAACGGGAUGGAAGGCUGGCGCUGGCUGUUUGCGCUGGAGGGCUCGCUCACGGCCAUCAUUGGACUGCUGAGUUGGUUCUAUAUGCCGCCGUCGCCGACACAGACGAAGGGAGGACUCCGCGGAAAUGAUGGUUGGUUUAGUGAGCGCGAGGAGGUGAUACUCGUCAAUCGGAUUCUGCGGGAUGAUCCUAGUAAAGGUGAUAUGCAUAAUCGCCAAGCGGUAACACUGAAGUUGCUGUGGGAGUCCCUGAAGGAUUACGAUAUGUGGCCAAUUUAUCUGAUCGGCCUUACCUGGACCAUUCCUUCUGCGCCCAUGACCAGCUACCUCACACUGACCCUACGCUCACUCGGGUUCGGCACUCUAGAAACCAACCUACUCACGAUCCCGGCACAAUGCAUCUUCAUCAUCGUCCUCCUCAUUAUCACCUGGCUCUCGGAACGAAUCAACCAACGGUUACUGCUCGGCGUCGUCGGCCAGGUUUGGCUGUUGAUACCACUCGCAGUGCUCGCCACGCUUCCCGCCGCCGCGCCAGUGUGGGGACGCUAUGCCGCGUGCACAUUCAUCGUCGGGCAUGUUUACAUCCAUGCUAUUAUCGUGGCGUUAACCUCUCGCAACGCUGGCUCGGUACGCACUCGCACAGUCGGCAGUGCAAUCUACAACAUGACCGUUCAGGCGGGCAGUAUCAUUGCCUCAAACAUCUACCGCGAAAACGACAAGCCCCUCUACCGCAAAGGCAACCGCGUGCUGAUCGGCAUCUGCGGCCUCAACAUUGUCCUGUUCGUGGCGGCGAAGGCUUAUUACAUCUGGAGGAAUAAAACAAGGGAUACGCUGUGGAAUGCGAUGAGUCUGAAAGAGAAGGAAGAGUACCUUAACAUUACCGAGGAUAGGGGGAAUAAGAGGUUGGAUUUUAGGUUUUCUCAUUGA